UAUAGCCCUAGGGAGGGUUAAUCUGUGCACGCAGAGAGGACACACAGUAUCACAUGAUGAAGAUUAAUCCGGCCUCCUCCCUCAGACCAGGGCACAGAGUUCUGGGAGAGGAGAUCUGUUAAGGUUUGAAUAUGGAAAAGAUUGCAGCCUCUCUAGAUGGAAGACUCCAUGGAAGAAAAAGGAGGCCCCGCACUGUUGCAUUGGGAACGUUUGGCCUUUUCUUGCUGCUGUGCACAGUGGUAUACCUUGUCCACCUGACCGCCUCCACUGGGGCGACAAGCAACCGGCGAGUCCGGAGAGAUGCUGCAGAGAAUGAUACACUUUGUAUCUUUUCACCGUCCUCGGAAUUUCCUAAAGGCGUUUUUACAGAUCAGGAGAGGAAAGAUGGAGGGAUCAUUAUUCAUUUUAUAAUCAUACUAUACAUGUUUCUUGCUGUGUCAAUUGUGUGUGAAGACUAUUUCAUCCCCUCACUGGAAGUAAUAAGUGAACGUCUUGGGCUUUCUCAGGAUGUUGCUGGAGCAACUUUCAUGGCUGUCGGAAGUUCAGCCCCAGAGUUUGUCACAGUGUUUCUAGGUGUCUUUGUUACUAAGGGAGAUAUUGGAGUGAGCACUAUUGUUGGAUCUGCCGUUUACAAUCUGCUUGGGAUAUGUGCUGCCUGCUGUCUGCUGUCUCCUGCGAUAUCCAGGCUGUCCUGCUGGCCUUUAUUUAGAGACUGUGUGGCCUAUGCAAUUAGCGUAGCAGCUGUAAUUGCAAUAACAUUUGACAACAGGAUUUACUGGUAUGAGUCCGCUUCAUUGAUUUUAGUAUACGGGUUUUAUAUUUUGAUGAUGUGUUUUGACAUUAAAAUUAAUCAGUACAUAAUGAGAAAAUUUAGCCCUUGUUGUGCAUGUUGCACUGACGCUUUGGAAGAACCCGCAGAGCAGCAGCCAUUGAUAGGGCGUAAAGAAGACAAUGUUCGAAGUGGUCGACGCCACUCAAGGUCGGAUAGUGGAAUUUUCCAGGAGGACUCAGAUUAUUCUCAACUUUCCAUAAGUUUGCAUGGAAUUGAAGUUUCUGAAGAUAUUCCAAGUGUUUUCUCAAUGCCAGACAAAGAUUUGAAAAGAAUUAUAUGGGUUUUGUCGUUGCCCAUAAUUGCCUUGCUGUUCCUGACUGUCCCUGACUGCAGACGGAAGACCUGGAGAAAGUGGUUCAUUUUGACCUUUAUAAUGUCUGCUGUUUGGAUUUCUGCAGUGACAUACAUUUUAGUUUGGAUGGUAACGAUAGUGGGUGAAACAUUAAGUAUUCCGGACACUGUAAUGGGGCUUACUUUGCUAGCAGCAGGAACCAGCAUUCCAGACACUGUUGCUAGUGUCCUUGUCGCCCGAGAUGGAAAGGGAGACAUGGCCAUGUCCAACAUUGUUGGAUCCAACGUAUUUGACAUGCUUUGUCUAGGAGUUCCGUGGUUUAUCAAGACUGUCUUCGUAGACAGAUCAUCACCAGUUGAAGUGAAUAGCAGUGGAUUGACUUACACCACCAUGUCCCUUCUGUUCUCCAUCCUCUUUAUCUUUGUAGCUAUUCAUUUAAAUGGCUGGAAGCUUGACAAGAAGCUGGGUGUAAUUUGUCUGCUUAUGUAUUUGGUGUUUGUUACGUUAUCAAUUUUGUAUGAACUUGGAAUUAUUGGAAAUAACCUGAUACGAGCUUGUGGAGACUAAUAAACAUCCUGUUUUGAACCAAGGUG